CCAAUGGAUUUUAGGCAAAGGUGAGAAUUAGGCGGAGGUGGUACUUUAUCUACAACCACGAAGCAUGGCAAUCACCUCUACUCCACCCUUUCGUUCUCUACUUCCUCCUCAACAAUUGUUCAAAAAUUCUUCCAAAAUCUCAACAUUUCAGUCAAGUUGCUUGACAGUUUCUUCCCGCCAAAAUCUGAUCAGUGCCCAUUUUGUUAGUAAUAUAAGUGGGACCGCCCUUACUUUGCUAAGACCUCAAGCUUCUUCUGCCAAUGGACAGACACAAACACAAACACAGCCUAUGCCUAUGCUUCCUCCCUUCAAUGUUUUGAUCACCGGAUCUUCCAAAGGGAUAGGUUAUGCACUAGCUAAAGAGUUUCUGAAAGCCGGUGACAAUGUCAUUAUUUGUUCAAGGACAGGUGAACGAGUAGAAUCAGCAGUUCAGAGCUUAAGAGCAGAAUUUGGGGAUGUGCGUGUGUGGGGUACCAAGUGCGAUGUGAGGGAUGGAGAAAAUGUGAAGAAUUUGGUUGCAUUUGCACAAGAAAAAUAUAAAUAUAUCGAUAUAUGGAUUAAUAAUGCAGGAUCUAAUGCAUACAGCUAUAAGCCCUUGGCAGAAGCUUCAGAUGAAGAUCUCAUUGAGGUGGUCACCACAAAUACCCUGGGUUUGAUGAUCUGUUGUCGAGAGGCAAUAAAGAUGAUGUUGAACCAACCGAGAGGUGGCCAUAUUUUUAAUAUUGAUGGCGCUGGUUCUGAUGGGAGACCCACCCCAAGAUUUGCUGCAUAUGGAGCAACCAAGCGCAGUGUGGUGCAUCUGACAAAAUCAUUGCAGGCUGAAUUACAGAUGCAGGAUGUCAAAAAUGUGGUGGUGCAUAAUUUGUCGCCUGGAAUGGUCACAACUGAUCUUCUGAUGUCGGGUGCUACAACGAAGCAGGCAAAGUUUUUCAUAAAUGUUCUCGCAGAACCCGCAGAAGUAGUCGCAGAGUACCUUGUUCCCAAUGUCAGAUCCAUGGCUGGCAGUGGAUCAACAAGACCAACGUACAUCCGGUUUCUAACGGGGUUGAAAGCCUACUCCCAGAUUUUCUCAAGAAUCGUCUUUGGUGCCAGGAGGAAUAGAUUUGUGCUUGAAGAUUGAAAAGUUUGCAGUUCAAAAUAUCAUCAUUCUUCCACUAAGCUACAUCACUUUUUCUUGUAGUUAAAAGGCUAAAUCCAGCUACUAAAUGCUUUUACCUUAUUAGCAUAGCCCAAACAAAGUAUGAGGGAUCGUCUGGACCAUUAACUAGUUUUUUAAAUUAAUUGAAAAAUCAAUCUCAUUUGAUUGUUUAUCA